AUGUCGGAGACGAGCUCGGUGCCCCCGCUGGCACUUCGGUUAGGCCCCGAGUCUCAGAUCCCCGACCACCCGGGCAGCAUGUGGGAUGUGCCCCGACGGUCCAACGGCUACGGCAAGUCGGGGGGUAAUCAACCGCAACCACAGACGCCGGGGCUGACCCCCGGCGGUGGUUUCCAGUAUCCGGGUCCUCCGGAGGAUUACUUCAGCCCACAUCACCACCACGGCGACCACCACGACGGGUACGAAUAUGAUCGGGGUCACGGACAACAGCAGCAGCACCUCAAGACGGGAGUCCUGCCGCCGGGUUCGGCCGUGGACGCGUCGCAGCUCCUCACUCAGUGUCGGUAUAUACUGUCUGAGUACCAGGGGCUGCUGAGACGGCGGAAGGCGAGCGCCACGUCCGUCGCCGAUCUGGAUGCCAGGCUGAGGGGUCAGCAGAUGGCUGUGCUGCAUAGUCUGGGUGAGCUGCAGAUUGAGGUGCACUCUAUGCUCAAGGAGGCGCAGAAUCACCGGUGGAGGAAGUGGUUACUUGGGGGAGCAAUAGCAUCAUUCAUCCCACUCGUUCGACGCAUCUUUCGCCGCGGAAAUGACCAUGAGACCGAUCAGCAGAGCGGGCAGGUCCAGUCCUCCAACGACACCGAGUACGCAUUUCGUCGAGCGAGCCGCAUAGUCUCCUACCUCAAGGAGAGCGUCCUGGGCAAGGGGAGCUGGGCCAAGAUGGCCAUGUUCGUCUUUGCCGUGCUGUACGUCUUCCAGAACGAGGUUACCCUGCGCGUGGCGAAGACGCUGCAGAAGAGGCUGAGACGGCUCACGGCCAGGAUCGAAGAAGGUGCCUAUGCGGAUAUAGACGAGAGAGAUCUCAAGGUUCUGCAGGGUUGGAGAUGGAGGGUUCUGUUGUGGUGA